AUGCUGUGGGCGGAGGCACCACUACCCGGAAGCGGAAGUCGGAUCCGCCCCUCGCUUCCGGCCGUGGUGGGGCCUGGCCCGGGGCGUCUCUCGGUGGCGGCGGCGGCAGCGGCAGCGAUGGACAGCGAAUUCUCGGACGCGGAGGCGGCCCCGGGCGGGGAGGAGAACGCGCCGGUUUAUUGCGUGUGCCGCAAGCCGGACAUCAACUGCUUCAUGAUCGGGUGUGACAACUGCAACGAGUGGUUCCAUGGAGACUGCAUCAACAUCACGGAGCGCAUGGCCAAGGCCAUCCGGGAGUGGUACUGCCGGCAGUGCCGCGAGAAGGACCCGUCCCUGGAGAUCCGGUACCGGCACAAGAAGUGGCGGGAGAAGGAGCACGAGGGGGCCAAGGGACAGGAGCUGGAGCAGGGCCGGGCUGCCAAGCCGUGGCUCAGUGACGCCGAGGACGCGCCGUUCCUGGACCCCGUCCUGCGCAAGCGCGCCGUCAAGGUCAAGCACGUCAAACGCCGUGAGAAGAAGUCGGACAAGAAGAAGGAGGAGCGCUACAAGCGGCACCGGCAGCGGGCACGGCACCGGGAGCGCCGGGGCCACCCUGAGCGCUCGGACGCGCGGGAUCCUGCGGGGCUGGGCCAGUGCCUGGGCCCUGGCUGCACCCGGCCUGCACGCCCACCCUCCAA